AUGCACAAAGGCCCGCGUAUCGCCUCUCGCAAACAGAGAAGCGCGAACCUGGUACACAGACACCCGACCGCAGGCAAAGACGAGCGAUGCAAAACUCGUUGUUCUUUAACAGGAAAAAAGGAUAUCUUAUUCGGGGCUGGAGAGAGACUAAAAGCCUCCCAUCAUCCGCUCGCGGCUUCGCCGGGGUCAACGGCAGGCGGGGGCGCUUCCUGGCGAGGCCCGGGUGUACAGACAGCUCUCGCGUACAGCAUUUCGGAGGACAAAACCGGGGCAGGAAGCCAAUCGCUGACGCCUCCUGUCUCCGGUGUUUCUCUCUUUGGCAGCUUGCCAUCUGCUGCAGGGACCGUUCAGACAGAGCGACGCCCGCAGCACAGUCUUUCCGGCGCUUCGGGGAGCGAAGGACAAAAGGAAAGGAAAGAGGGAGGCGAGGACGCUUCUGCCCAAAGAGAGUGGACGGAGUCGGAGAAGGAGCAACUCCUGGCCUCGUCUCUCGGGUUUUUUCCCGGCGGUAUCCGAUCCUUCUUCUUCCCCAAAGGCGAUCUAGGGAUUCCGAUGGAAACCGCCAGAGGCGAGCGAAGCGACGGCAGCGCACCGCCCGUUCUCUACACGCUGACGCCUGAGGACGACAGGGCCUUGAUUCGGUCGCAACGGUUAGCUUACAAAGCCAAUCCCAGAGAGGCGUGCGUGAACGACAGCCUCCGACGUGCCGCAUUAGGGCCGGAGCGCUACGCGCGUCUCGUCGAGAAGAAGGCCGAGCUUCCUAGUGCAGGACAUGGUGGCGAAAACAAGGACCAGAAGACGGCGGAGGAGCACUCCCUCCUCACUCCCGUAUGGAUGAUGAGACAAGCUGGAAGAUACUUACCUGAAUUCCGCAACAUGCGGCGCCAGCACGGAUUUCUCGAGGUGUGCCGAGAUCCUCGUCUCGCCUCGGAGCUCACCCUGCAGCCCUACCACCGGUUCCCUCAACUGGACGCCGUCAUUAUUUUCUCGGAUAUUCUCGUCAUUCCUGAGGCCAUGGGGAUGAAGCUGUCGAUGGAAGAAGGCGUCGGCCCACGGUUUGCGUGGCGCAUUGAGAGUCCAGCAGACAUCAAGAAACUCACCUUAAAGCCCGACAUCGAAAACACCCUCGGCUAUGUCUUCGACGCGGUCUACGUCACCUCUCAGCGCCUGGCCGGCGGCAUUCCGCUGAUUGGUUUCUGUGGAGGUCCCCUGACACUUUUGACUUACAUGGUCGAGGGUGGAGGAAGCAAAACAUGGCGCCGUGCCAAAAAAUUCAUCUACGAGGAGCCAGAGGCAACCCACACCCUUCUCCAAGUUAUCUCGGAUAUCUGUGUCGACUACCUCGUGGGCCAGGCUGAUGCCGGAGCUCAAGUGCUGCAGGUUUUUGACACGAACGCUAGCCAGUUCGCCGCCGACACGUACGACGAAAUCGGAGCACCGUUCCUUGCGUCCAUUGCUGAGAGAGUGAAGGAGCGGCGACCUCACGUGACGAUGAUCGCGUUCCCGAAGGACCGACCGUCGCCGGUCUUUGCCGACUCGGCCUUCGACGUGAUUUCUUUGGGGUCUUCGGCAGAGAUCGACAGCAUGCAGCGCCGUUUCUCGGGGAGACGCGAGACGGGGAAAAGUGGCGAGGCAGCGGAGGGCGCGGAAAGCCGCGGAACUUGCUCUGGGGAGGCCGGCGAGAGGAGAGACCGAGACAACGGAGAGCGAGCGGACGGCAAAGCGCUGCAAGGCAAUCUCGAUCCGCAGAUCUUAUAUACGGAUAUUGCCACGAUCAAAAGAGAGACGGCCAAAAUGAUUCGCCGGUUCGGCGUUGGCCGCCACAUUGCGAAUCUCGGCCACGGGAUGGAGCCUGAGAUGAGUCCUGAGCAUGCCCAGGCGUUCAUUGAGAGCGUGAAGGAGGCAUCGGCGGCGUAUCUGCGAGAACGGGAGGCGAGGGAAGAGAAUUCCGUUUAA